AUGCUAAACGAUGAUCGCUGCGCUACUUGUGGCACAAGGAACCUCCGAGCAAUCACCGUACCCUCACUUCACAAUCCUCGUAUCGACCAGCUGCUUUCCGUUAAUGAACCGCCUCUCGAAUGCGAAGAAGCUUCUCUUCGAGUUGUUGUGGAUCAAGGCCCCCAGAUGCUCUCAGAUCUUGACGCUAAAAUUGCGGACAUUAAGCACAUUCUACAGCAACUGCUUCGCAAGAGAGCUCAAGCAGCGGAUAACCUCGCUGUUGCCAAAAAUAUCCUACAUCCAAUGCGUCGCCUUCCGACCGACGUGCUUAGAGAUAUCUUCCUUGCAUGCGUAGAAUCGCCGGCACGAUGCCUCUUUCCCUAUACAACUCUCGAUUCAAUGGAUUUGCUCCAAGGCCCCUGGGCCAUAUCUCAUGUUUGUCGUAGAUGGAGGGACAUCGCCAUAAGUACCGCAAGGCUCUGGUGUCGCAUCGGCCUAAUUUUUCCUCUUCAUACAAGCCGUACCUUGGCAUUUACGUUGAUGUUGGGAUGUUAUAUCGAAAGGUCCAGGGAUCUCGGAUUAUCUCUCGUUGUAUACGCAGAAGAUGACAUCUCGGAUCACUCUACUCUAGCCCUCCUUUCUACCAGUCAUCGAUGGAAAGAUGUAAUACUCGACGUACCAUCGAAAACAAUCCGUACUUUAUCCUUCCGUAGAGGAUCAUUCAGGAAUCUGCGUUAUCUUCACGUCAUGUUGGAUGACGGAGAAGGAGAUAUCCUUUCCUUGGAUCCCUUGCUCGACGCCUUCGAGUACGCUCCGAAUCUCACCCAUGCUUCCUUUAGUCACAUCGACGGUCCAGACGAUGAAGACAUCACAGACAUACCACAUUUGCAUGUGCUGACGAAGAUGUCUCUUCUGGAGAGCGCGCGCCUCUGUUGUGACAAGCAUUCGGGCGCCCCUUCGUCCGGCAAAGUUCACCUUCCUCGACUGCAGAACUUGACCCUUGAGGAAGGCUCCUCUGCCGUUGCGGGGUCCUUGGCUCAGUGUAUCUCUGCUUUGUCACUGCCAUCCUUGACGGAAUUAAGGCUCGGAUAUUCGAACUCCACAAACCAAGUACAAUUACCUUCUAUCAUCCACCCCAUGGGUAUCGAUGCUCGCAGGAUAACCACAUUGCAGCUCACGUUCCGUUUCAAGCUGUCGUCCGCUGCCAUUCAUAGCAUCCUGGUUUUCCUCGAAGGUCUUCCCACAGUAAUACAUCUCAUGGCUCAAGCUGAGGGAGUCACCGACAACCUUGUAGAAGGGCUGAUCAGUCGUCGUGAUAACCAAAGCAUCUUGCCAUCGCUAAGGCGCCUUGACUUCCGCGGUUCCACAUUAGGGCUGGACGAUCCCAUACAUUUUAUCACCAUGCUCGAGUCGCGGGUCUCUCCCUUGUCAACAGAUGUAAUGAUGGAUAGCGUCACCUCCUCGACAAGGGAUUACCUUCAAGAGUUACGACUGGAUGAACGUUUUUCCAUUGAUGAAGCCACCCGUCAAAGGUGGGAUGAUCUUUCGGAGAGGGGCCUGACAGUUCGAUAUGGAGCGGAAGGGCUAGGUGUUAGAUUUGACCACGUAGCUUCGCGUGGUCGAGAAGACCACUUAUUCCGUGGUAUGCCAUGGGUCCCGUAG